UUCUGUGUUGGUGUUUUGCAGCGUGAAUAUCACACCGGAGUCGAACCAAAAAAAAGAAUAAGAAACGAAAAGUAAAAAAACAAAACUAAGCCACAGAACAUAAAAUGCAAAACAAGUAAAUGAUUAAAAAAAAAAAAUCGGCAAAAUGACACAAAAAACAAAACGUGAAUGUGAAUUAAUUUUAAAUUAAAUAAUCUAGUGACCGCCAUUAAAAACGGAUUAAUUAAUCAAUUAAUUUUUUUUUUUUUUUCAUAUUUUUUUUAUAAAUUAAUUAAAUAAUUAACAAUAGUUAAUUCUUUGUGCUAGUUUCAUGUACAUUGUACAUUUUAUAAAAUUAUUAUUAUUUUUUAAAAUCAAUUGACUUUGUUGUGUGUGUUCCUGUUUUUUUUUUUGUUGUAUUUUGUGUUCCGUUGUUUUUGUUGAGAGUGCAACUGCCUGUGCGGGGCGUAGAAAGAGAGCAGUGCCUGUGUGUGUUUGUGAGGAAGUUAUAGUUUAAUGUUUUUAGCUUCAAUUGUCGGCCAACAACAAAUAAGAAGAAUAAAUAAAUAAAUAAAAUUAAAAUCAGCCGCAGCAGUAGCAGUGACAACAACAACAACAAAGCGAUGCUGAUUGAUGUCACACACACACGCGCACACUUACGCACCCAGCGAGAAUAAACUCUAUCACCUUGAGGGGGACGCUUAUCAAUUAUUAUUUCUUUUUUUUUUUUUUUGUCAGCGAACAGAAAAAGAUGUUAUCUUGGCAAACAACAACUUGAAGGAAAAUUCCUGUAAAAAUGCUGUCUUACUUUGCCAAGGAUUCAGAUUUGCCAGCGCCAAAACGGAAGCGGAAGUGACGCUGCUGUGAGAGCCUAGGCAGGCAGGAACAAGUCGGGACAGGCGGACAAACGGUUGAAUAAUGCAAAUUAAAACACAAUAAAAUGUAAAACACACACCAAGGCGCCAACUGGAGCAAAAAAGCAACAAAAAAAAAAAAGUAGGCGAAGCGGUUAACAUGCCCCAAAAAAAAGAAAAAAAAAUGAAAAGGGAAGGAAAACAAUGCGCGUGGCGACAACUUUUCCACUGAAUUUGAUUUGAUUUGAGCGGCCAGACACGGAAUAUAAGUAUACGCUGCGUAUGCCCUAUACAUACAUAUAUACAUGCAUAUAUAUAUAGAAGAUAUAUAUAUAUAUAUAUAUCAGAGAGACUGACUGAGUUGGAAAAAAUUUGCAUAACUUUGCUGGCGUGGCAUAAACAUCAAAAACAAAUUGCAAGUAACAAAAGGAAACGGUCAUAAAAAGGCGCCAGCCUCGUAAAAAAUACAAAAUACAACAACAACAAUACACACACACACUCCUCUCUAUACACCUCUCCUCUCGCUCUGUCUCUCUGUCUCUGUCUCAGUCUCUCCUGCGUUGGUGAAAUUAAUUUAUGCAGCGAAUCAAAUACAAAUAGAAAAAAGAUAUAUAAAACAAUUAAGGACAAAGCUGAAAAAGAUCCUGAGAAGUUUAGGAAAUCUACUUGAAGACGGGCCUCUGGGGCAUCCCUGCUUCGCCUAAAGAGAGAGAGAGAGAGACAGAUAGAGAUAGAGUUGGAAUAAAGACAAGACUCAGGAUAGCCGGGUUAGCCAGGGUUGCCUAUAAAUGUACCAAGACAGCGGCUGCAACAGCAGUAGCAGUCGACGCGGCAGCAGCAGUGCAGCAUCUACAGCAGCAGCAACUGCAGCAGCAACUGCAGCAGAAGCAACUCCAACAGCAAUUCCAACAGCAACUCCAACAGCAACUACAACAGCUACUGGCACUAGCAGCAGUGACGAGGACACCCUAGAGACCUUAACGAUCAUAACCACCACCAUAACCGAGACCGAAAUCCAUGCGGCUGCCACCACAGCAACCACCACGACCACAACGGUUAUAGCCGGCGGCGGAGGAGGUGGAACAGCCAGCACAGUGACCACAGGAGCAGCAGCAGCAGCAGCAGCAGCAGCAACAGGUAGUGGAGGCACAGCAGUAGAAGCAGUAGCAGCAACAGCUUUGCUACUUGCCACCACCACCACCACCAGCGACGACAUCGAGGACAGCAGUCCGGUGGAGAGUGAGGAUAGUGAGGAGUGCGAGUACGUGGAGAUACAGGAGGGUUCUUCCCUAAGCAGCAGCACCAGUGGCCAUGCGGCACUGCAACGCAGUGGCCACCAAGAACAACAACUCCAACAACACCAACACCAACAAGUGCAACUCCAAUUGCAGCAGGCGGAUGUGCGACUUUUACGCAAAAUCGGUUAUAUUGCAUCCCGGGUGCGUUAUUUAUCCAAAUUUUAUGGUGACUUUCGUCUGGUGAAUCCAUACAGUGCCAGAAGGCAGCGGCGGCAGCUGCAGGAGAUCCUUUUGCGUCACUCGAUCUUUGAUCCGGGCAAAGAGCAUCAGAGGGCCAUUGUUUUGGCAGCGGCCACGGCGGCCAUAGCAGGGCCCCUGGCAGCUCUAGCAGCGGGAGCAGGAGCAGCAACAGGAACAGCAGAUUGUGCCAGCAGCAGUAGCAACAACAGCAUAGAGGCGGUGAGCAGCAGUGAGCUGGAAGAGCAAGAUCAAGAACAAGAACAAGAGCAUUUACCUGACAAAAGCCCUGAAGAUCAGGAUCAGGAGCAGGAAGAAGAGGAGGAGCAACAGCUAGAGGAGGCAGAGCAACAACAGCAACAGGCACCCGUUAUUGCUGUGACCACCACAUCGACCACCGUGCGACAUAAAUCCUCAAGCAGCUCCACCAUAAGCGGCACGGCCACAGUUUCCGGUUCCGUUUCGGUUUCGGCCAGCGCCUCGCAAUCAUUUUGCACCAACUCGCCCAUAGCACUGCUAGAGGAGUUGCUUAUACAGUUUUACGAAGAGCAAGAGCAGCAGCAUCGCAUCAGGCAGCAGCAGCAGCAGCAGCAGCAAGUGCCACCUAGUUGCAGCCUACAGCUGACAGCCAGCACCACCACCAACAAUAACAACAAUUUCAAAAAUAAUAUCAACAACAACAACUGCAACAGCAUACAGAACAACAACAACAUGUCCACAUCCAUGUCGAAUAUGACCAGCAGUGUGGCCACCAGCGAUCCGCAGCCAACAGCAGUCACACCCAUAGCAUCCAGCUCUGGUUCUGGGUCCGUUUCCGGCAUAGCCUCAACCCAGCCCCAGCCAAGUAUCAAUAAUCCAAGUAGCAACCAGCAGCAACAGCAACAGCAACACCAACAACAUUCGCUGCAACACUUGGCAUUGACAGCCCCCGAUGCCGGGGAUAAUCCACGCCGACGGCGGGCCAGUGACUGCUCUGCGGUUCAGGCAGCCCUCCAGAAUCAGCUUCACUGCAUCACGCUAAAGAACAACAAUUGUGCCGCCGGUAAGGUAAUGCCGCCCUUCCAUCGCGGCAGCUGUGGGGCAGCCGGAGAGCAUCUUUUGGCCGCCAAUUCGAUAGCCAACAGGGCCACCAUCAUAUUGAGCAAAUCCUGCAGCAAUGUGGAUGGAGAUGUGAGUGGAUUGGGUGGAGGAGGAGUAGGAGGAGUCGGAACUGGUCACAAUAAGCUGAGGGCCAGUGCCACCGAUAUCGAGUCGAAUGCUCUGAAUGGUGCCAGAGAUGCCAUGGCCAUGGCAGCUGCCUCGAAUAAUGGUAAUGGUAACGGGAAUGGCAACGGUAAUGGCAACGGGAAUGGGAACAAUGGCAACAACGAGUACAGCAUCCUGCAGCUGAACAACACGAUCAUUCAGUGCCACUUCAACGACGACGACUUUCGCGCUUUGGUCAAGGAUCUCAAGCGCAAGGUCGAGUACACGGAGCGCAUGAAUUGGUUAUGCCUCUCAAAACGGCCACUGGGGCCGCCGCAUCGUAAAAGCAGUCUACCAAAGCAUCAGGAGGUUAAGCGACGCUUCCUGGAAAUUUGUGAUACGACCUUCUCGGAGGAGGUGAGGGCCGCCCUCCGAUUGCCGGCCUUCGACUCAUACGAGUGGGGCGACGCGGACGUCAUCCACCUAAUGCAAACGAUGUUCGUUGAGCUGGGAUUCAUCGAGAAGUUUAGCAUUCCGGUGGAUACACUGCGCGAAUGGCUCUACGAGGUCUACAAGCACUACAACGAGGUGCCCUUCCACAAUUUUCGGCAUUGCUUCUGCGUGGCCCAAAUGAUGUAUGCCAUAACCCGUCAGGCGAAUCUACUGAGCCGCCUGGGCGAUCUGGAGUGUCUGAUCCUGCUGGUGUCCUGCAUUUGCCAUGACUUGGAUCAUCCCGGCUAUAACAAUAUAUAUCAGAUUAAUGCUCGCACUGAGCUGGCACUCAGAUACAAUGACAUCUCGCCGCUGGAGAACCAUCACUGUUCGAUAGCCUUCCGCCUGCUGGAGCAUCCCGAAUGCAAUAUAUUCAAGAACUUUAGCCGCGAUACCUUCAACACCAUUCGCGAGGGCAUCAUCCGGUGCAUUUUGGCCACGGACAUGGCCCGUCACAAUGAGAUCCUCACCCAGUUCAUGGAGAUAACCCCCGUCUUCGAUUACAGUAACCGUGCCCACAUUAAUCUGCUCUGCAUGAUCCUGAUCAAGGUGGCGGACAUCUCAAACGAGGCCCGACCCAUGGACGUGGCCGAGCCCUGGCUGGAUCGUCUCCUCCAGGAGUUUUUCGCCCAAAGUGCGGCCGAAAAGUCCGAGGGUUUGCCGGUGACGCCUUUUAUGGACCCGGACAAGGUCAGCAAGCCGGGUUCCCAGGUGCGUUUCAUUGGUUUGGUGCUCCUGCCGCUCUUCGAGGCUUUGGGUGAGCUUGUGCCCGAGCUGACGGACCUCAUCAUUAUUCCCGUGCGCAUAGCUUUGGAGUAUUACAGACGCCUCAACGAUGCCCAGACAAAGACCCGCAAAUCUGUGGCCGACAGCAAUACCUCGGCCACCUCGGACAGCAACAGCGGCACCAUUGACUCCAAUGCGGCGAUGGUCAGCACACCGGGCGGGGCCAGUGACAAGCUAAGCUUGGACAAGGCCCAGGGUAACUUGCAGGGAGGAGCAGGAGCAGGAGGAGCGGGAGGAGCAGCCACAGGUUCAGGAGGAGGAGGCGGCGGUGGAGGAUCUGGAGCCAACGCUGGCAGUGUAUCCCCACAAAUGCCACGCUCAGGUUCCGGCAUCAGCGUCAAAUCACGCCGCAGUAUACCCUCACAAAAGUCCGCCUCCAGGACAUCCGUGGAUGAGCCAGGAGGCAUGGCAGCAGAGCUUCACGAUCUGCCCGAGGGCAGCGAGAGCGGGGAUUCGGAAACGGCCACCGAAGUGGAUGUGGCCGAAAAGACCUCAAAAUUCAAAGUGGACACCGAAGGCAGCAGCAAUCGCAGCAAAUCCUCGCACUCCACCUCCCGCAAAUCCUCCCGCGAGAAGCGUCCCUCCAUGAUUGGUGAACUGUGCAGCAGCGGCGGUGGCCAACGCAUCCGUAACUCCUAUGGCAACAUCCAUGGCUAUCAUAGCAAUCGCUGUCACUUUGGCAACAAUCGUGCCGUCAGCCUGGAUCAGUACAGCAGCGGUGGCAACAAUCGAAGGCUCUCGGAUGGAUUGCCCCAGGUGAUCUCCGACAGCAAUGUGUUCUACGGACGCCACAAUCGCAGCAGCGGCCUAGCAGAGAUCACAUCUGCAGGAGGUGGCGGUGGUGGCGGCUGUGUGGUUGUAGGCAUGCCGCAGGAUACCAAUGCCAAUACGAAUGUUGUACCACCACCAAAGGGCAGCUGUCAGCUGAAGGAGCUGCUUGCACGCACCGAGGCUGGGGAUUCCGAGAAUGAGGAAGCCAAGCCAGCCAAACCAGCUGCUCCAGUUGCUCCAGCUGCUGCUGCUGCUGGUCAGGAUCCUUCCAUAAAGGCAUCAAUUCCAGUGCUGGCCUCCUCCUCGAAUGGCAAUAUAUCGCCGCCCUUGGUGGUCACCGAGCAAAUCCUGCCCAGCAAUGGCAGCACACGCAGCAGUGCCAGCAGUGCUCGAGGUGUAGGUGCUCCAGGUGCUCCAGGUGCUCCAGGUGCUCCGGGUGCUCCUGGUUCUUUGCCUGGCCCCUCCUCGGGCAGCAGCUCCUGGAAAUCCAGGCUGCGCCAGUUCUCCGACUAUUUUAGCUUCAGCUUUGACAAGGGCAACAAGCGCUUUGGCAGCACCCGAAGCAGUCCCUGCUCCAGCUCUGGACGGGCCAAUAAUAAUGCCAAUGGUUUGGCUGAGGUUGUGGGCCAGGAUCAGGGCAAAUCCGGUGUGGUUAUGUGCUGCAAUGUGGUGCAUGGUUCACCGGGAAAGAGUGGAGGAGGAGCAGCUGCCGUGGAGGUCUUGACUAGCCAGGGAGCCGGUGGAAUAGGAGUCGGAGUAGGAGGAGUAAGAGGAGGCGGUGGUGACUCUCACCAGCGUCAUCGCGCCUAUAGCCUGGAUGUGCCCGGCAUGAUGCGUUAUUCCUCCAGCGACAGCAGUCGCCAUCCCAGCAGCAAUACCCUGCAGAGUGGCGGUGGUAUCACCGGGCAGGAUUCCACUGGCGGUGGCGUUUCAUUGGUGCCGCCCAGCUUGAGUGUGGAAAUGGGACUGGCUAGUGGCUCAUCCUCGGAGGCGGGGCCAAAGAUUUGA